CCACAGUGGAGAGCAGGGGAAAGGUGCUGGGUUGGGUCCACACCGCCUGUGCGGGCAGGCAUGUGACACCCCCCCCCUCCCUGCUCUCUGGCCGCCUGCCUGGGCCAGCCAGGCCCACACCCUCCCCAGACCCUAUAAGGCUUGGGGAUUGGGCGCCCAGACGCUGCCAGCAGCGGUCCUGCUCUGAGGGACCCUUUACCCUGACUGGUCCAGGUGACUCGAGCUGCUGUGUCACCCAGAGACUGCCACCUCCAGCCCCACAGGCUGCCAUCAUGUCAGCUUCAGGAGAUGGGACCAGGGUCCCCCCCAAAUCCAAAGGCAAGACCUUGAGCAGUUUCUUUGGGUCCCUGCCUGGCUUCAGCUCUGCCCGGAACCUGGUGUCCCACACUCACAGCUCCACCUCCACAAAGGACUUACAAACAGCAACAGACCCCUCGGGGACUCCUGCCCCCUCAUCUAAAGUGUCCACCAACUCACAGAUGGCAGGGGAUGCAGCAGGGCUGCUCCAACCUUCUGAACAGGUGAGCUGGUUUGGAAGACCUUGGACAGGAAACCUGGGCUUCUCUGGGAGGUUCUACUUCCUUUCACGAGCUGGAGACAAGGACAUGGGAAGUUUCAGUGUGACCAGCAGUGAAGAUGCCUUCUCUGGGGUGUUUGGCAUCAUGGAUGCUGCAAAAGGAAUGGUCCAGGGUGGACUGGGUGCUACCCAGUCGGCCCUUGUCGGAACUAAGGAGGCAGUAUCUGGAGGUGUGAUGGGAGCAGUGGGCGUGGCCAAAGGUCUUGUCAAGGGAGGUCUUGACACUUCAAAGAAUGUCCUCACCAAUACGAAGGACACAGUUACCACAGGAGUCAUGGGAGCUGCAAACAUGGCCAAAGGGACAGUACAGACAGGCCUGGACACCACCAAGUCUGUGGUCAUGGGCACUAAGGACACAGUGGCCACAGGACUUGCAGGGGCUGUGAAUGUGGCUAAAGGCACCAUCCAGGGUGGCCUGGACACCACCAAGUCUGUGGUCAUGGGCACUAAGGACACGGUGACCACAGGACUCACAGGGGCUGUGAACGUGGCUAAAGGUGUUGUCCAGGGUGGCCUGGACACUACCAAGUCUGUGGUCAUGGGCACCAAGGACACAGUAACCACAGGACUCACAGGGGCCAUGAAUGUGGCUAAAGGCACAGCGCAGAUGGGUAUAGACACCAGCAAGACUGUGCUGACUGGCACAAAGGACACUGUAUGUGCUGGGGCCACAGGAGCCAUUAAUGUAGCUAAAGGGGCUGCCCAAGGAGGCCUGGACACCACCAAGUCUGUGCUCAUAGGCACCAAGGAUACGGUGACCACAGGGCUCACAGGGGCUGUGAACGUGGCUAAAGGUGCUGUCCAGGGAGGCCUGGACACUACCAAGUCUGUGGUCAUGGGCACCAAGGACACGGUAACCACAGGACUCACUGGGGCCAUGAAUGUGGCUAAAGGCACAGCACAGAUGGGUCUUGGCACCAGCAAGACUGUGCUGACUGGCACAAAGGACACUGUAUGUGCUGGGCUCACAGGAGCCAUUAAUGUGGCUAAAGGGGCUGCCCAAGGAGGCCUGGACACCACCAAGUCUGUGCUCAUGGGUACAAAGGACACAGUGACCACAGGGCUCACAGGGGCUGUGAACGUGGCUAAAGGUACCAUCCAGGGUGGCCUGGACACCACCAAGUCUGUGGUCAUGGGCACUAAGGACACGGUGACCACAGGGCUCACAGGGGCUGUGAACGUGGCUAAAGGUACCAUCCAGGGUGGCCUGGACACCACCAAGUCUGUGGUCAUGGGCACUAAGGACACGGUGACCACAGGACUCACAGGGGCUGUGAACGUGGCUAAAGGUGCUGUCCAGGGUGGCCUGGACACUACCAAAUCUGUGGUCAUGGGCACCAAGGACACAGUAACCACAGGACUCACAGGGGCCUUGAAUGUGGCUAAAGGCACAGCACAGAUGGGUAUAGACACCAGCAAGACUGUGCUGACUGGCACAAAGGACACUGUAUGUGCUGGGGCCACAGGAGCCAUUAACAUGGCUAAAGGGGCUGCCCAAGAAGGCCUGGACACUACCAAGUCCGUGCUCAUGGGUACAAAGGACACGGUGACCACAGGACUCACAGGGGCCAUUAACGUGGCUAAAGGGUCUGCCCAAGGAGGCCUGGACACCACCAAGUCUGUGCUCAUUGGUACGAAGGACACGGUGUCCACAGGGCUCACAGGAGCCUUGAAUGUGGCCAAAGGAACAGUACAGACAGGUCUGGAUACUAGCCAGAGAGUGCUGACAGGCACAAAGGACAAUGUAUAUGCUGGGGUCACUGGUGCAGUAAAUGUGGCCAAAGGUACCAUCCAGGGCGGCUUGGACACCACCAAGUCUGUGGUCAUGGGCACUAAGGACACGGUGACCACAGGACUCACAGGGGCUGUGAACGUGGCUAAAGGUGCUGCCCAGGGAGGCCUGGACACUACCAAGUCUGUGGUCAUGGGCACCAAGGACACAGUAACCACAGGACUCACAGGGGCCAUGAAUGUGGCUAAAGGCACAGCACAGAUGGGUCUUGGCACCAGCAAGACUGUGCUGACUGGCACAAAGGACACUGUAUGUGCUGGGCUCACAGGAGCCAUUAAUGUGGCUAAAGGGGCUGCCCAAGGAGGCCUGGACACCACCAAGUCUGUGCUCAUGGGUACAAAGGACACAGUGACCACAGGGCUCACAGGGGCUGUGAACGUGGCUAAAGGUACCAUCCAGGGUGGCCUGGACACCACCAAGUCUGUGGUCAUGGGCACUAAGGACACGGUGACCACAGGACUCACAGGGGCUGUGAACGUGGCUAAAGGUGCUGUCCAGGGUGGCCUGGACACUACCAAGUCUGUGGUCAUGGGCACCAAGGACACAGUAACCACAGGACUCACAGGGGCCUUGAAUGUGGCUAAAGGCACAGCACAGAUGGGUAUAGACACCAGCAAGACUGUGCUGAUUGGCACAAAGGACACUGUAUGUGCUGGGGCCACAGGAGCCAUUAACAUGGCUAAAGGGGCUGCCCAAGGAGGCCUGGACACUACCAAGUCCGUGCUCAUGGGUACAAAGGACACGGUGACCACAGGACUCACAGGGGCCAUUAACGUGGCUAAAGGGUCUGCCCAAGGAGGCCUGGACACCACCAAGUCUGUGCUCAUUGGUACGAAGGACACGGUGACCACAGGGCUCACAGGAGCCUUGAAUGUGGCCAAAGGAACAGUACAGACAGGUCUGGAUACUAGCCAGAGAGUGCUGACAGGCACAAAGGACAAUGUAUAUGCUGGGGUCACUGGUGCAGUAAAUGUGGCCAAAGGUACCAUCCAGGGCGGCUUGGACACCACCAAGUCUGUGGUCAUGGGCACUAAGGACACGGUGACCACAGGACUCACAGGGGCUGUGAACGUGGCUAAAGGUGCUGUCCAGGGUGGCCUGGACACUACCAAAUCUGUGGUCAUGGGCACCAAGGACACAGUAACCACAGGACUCACAGGGGCCAUGAAUGUGGCUAAAGGCACAGCACAGAUGGGUAUAGACACCAGCAAGACUGUGCUGACUGGCACAAAGGACACUGUAUGUGCUGGGCUCACAGGAGCCAUUAAUGUAGCUAAAGGGGCUACCCAAGGAGGCCUGGACACCACCAAGUCUGUGCUCAUGGGUACAAAGGACACGGUGACCACAGGACUCACAGGUGCCAUUAAUGUUGCCAAAGGGGCUGCCCAAGGAGGCCUGGAUACCACCAAGUCUGUGCUCUUAGGUACCAAGGACACCGUGACCACGGGGCUCACAGGGGCAGCAAAUGUGGCCAAAGAAACAGUGCAAAUGGGUCUGGAUACCAGCAAGAACAUCCUGAUGGACACAAAGGACUCUAUAUGUGCUGGGGCCACAGGAGCCAUUACUGUGGUCAAAGGGGCUGCUCAAGGAGGCCUGGAUACUUCGAACGCAGCACUCACAGGCACAAUGGACACGGCCAAAGGAACAGUGCAAACAAGCCUGGACACCAGCAAGCAUAUGCUUAUAGGCAUGAAGGACACUGUCUGUGCUGGGGUUACCAGUGCCAUGAACAUGGCUAAAGGUAUUCAUAAGAACACAGACACCACCAGAGACACCCAGUCUUCUGUGCUGGCUCAUUCAGGUAAUGUAGCCACCAAUGCCAUCCACACAGGUGUUCACACAGUUCCGAGUUCACUCUCUGGCUCUCAUUCCAUCAUCUGUCAUGAGCCUAGCAUUUACAGAGCCACUAACCAUGGGGUAGGACAAGCCAUCCUGACUUCUACAGAGUCCCUGUGCUGUGAGACAAGCAGCUUCUCAGACAAAUAUGGCUUGGGGCAUGUCACAGAGCCCAGAGCUGACACCAAAACCCUUGUGUCUGGUAUGGCUUCAUCUGCCUGCGCAGCUACCAGGUCAGUGGAGGAGUGUGGUCAGCUGGCUGCCACAGGCUUUGCUGCACUUCCUGAUGAGUUGAAAGGGCUGGGUGAUAUCUUUCAGCCCAUGACAACUGAGGAACAAGCUCAGCUGGCAGUCUCAGAGUCAGGGCCCCGAGUACUCUCUGCUGACCGGGGAAGCUACUACAUCCGUCUGGGUGACCUGGCCCCUAGCUUCCGCCAGCGGGCCUUCGAACAUGCCCUGAGCCACAUACAGCACAACCAGUUCCAAGCCAGGGCUGCACUAGCCCAGCUCCAGGAGGCCUUCCAGAUGAGUUAUGCUGGGUAUCAUGGACACAGAAGCCUAAUAUUCUGAGUCUCUGACAUCUGUCCACCUCCUCCCUGGCCACAAAGCCCCCCUGUACCCUAAACAGAUACCCAGGGACUAUGGAAAAGACAGAGGUAUGGUGUGAUGCAAGGUGAGAUUCCUGGGGAAAGAGCAUGGUAAGAGUGGUCAGGGGACAGAAAGGAAUCUGUGUGGACAUGCAGAGAAGAGUAGUAGGGUGGGAGAUGAGUGGACAGAGGAACCACCACCUGGCCUUCCAGAUGCCCUCAUGGGGACUUUGUGUUUUGGCUGCACCACAUAUGGACUCAAGAUCCAAGUACAGGACUGAGUGUUCCCACCCCUUCUGGGCCCACUACCUGUCCUGUGGUUCUUUUUCCAGACAGACAUGACCAUGGAGGCUGCAUGUGGGAAGCUGUGCAGUGACCAGAGCUUGAACACCAUGGUGGAGGCUGUUGGUAGCCAUGAGGUGGGUGUGGCAUGGGCCUUCCUUCCCACUGCCCCUAGUCAAAGCUCUGUCCCUCCUUACCUUUCUCCACCUCUGCAGAUGCGGGCUUCCGUGGCUCAGGACAGGCUGUGCACCCUCGCCCAUCAGCUCCAUGCAGCUUACAGCAGCCUAGUAACCAGCCUGCAGGGCCUGCCAGAGGUGCAGCAGCAGGCAGGGCAGGCACGGCACAGCCUCUGCAAGCUGUAUGGCCUUGUGUCUUCGGAGGCAGGUAGUGAGCUGCAGACAGAGCAGCUGGCCCAGAGCAGUGCUGGUGUUGUUGAGGCCUGGCAGGGCCUGGAGGUGCUGCUUGAGAAGCUGCAGCAGAACCCUCCACUCAGCUGGCUGGUUGGACCCUUCACCUCGAUGCCUUGUGGCCAGCUGUAGGCACCUGAGGGCUGGGUGGGUGGGGUCCCAGGGACCAUGCUGUGACCACAGCUGGCUGUACUUCCCCAAAGCUCUGGAUUGAACAGGAGCAGAAGAUCCUCGGAAAGUGAAUUUGAAACCAGCCACAGCUCCUGCUAUUUCUAAGAACCAAUGAUCCCUUCCCUCCAAACUAGCCACCAAGUCUGUUCAGAUACAGGCCACACAGACCCCCACACAGAGUAAAGAAGCAUCACGCGUCCCCACUGGCCAGCUUUCUAUCCUUGGGGCUCUGACAGUCUUUCCAGGGCCCAUAGCUCUUCUCUACGAGUGGUGUCACUCCAACCCAGGCCCUACUCUGGGCAGCACAACCACAGAUCUUAGCUAAUGACUAUGUCCUUGUUCCCUGGGACUAGAAUGCACAGCCAUGCUGAUGUAGGCUCCUACAGCCGCUUCUGCUACUUACUAGGGAGAAAUGCUGCACAAAACCACACAAUUACAUUCCAGGCUGCUAUAGGCCUGACUCAGGCCUGCUCUGCUGAGAAAACGAGAGUCAUAUAUAUAUCACUGCAUGGAAACAGGGUUGAUCUGACAGGCCCAGCACUGCUGAGUAGCUGUGGCCUGUACAGGAACAUGGCCUGCAGCCUAGGGUUGAAGACUGUACUGAAUGGGGAUAUGGGCAGUUGAUGGCUCCUCUCCCUUGCCCUACGCACCCAAGAUAGAAGCAAACAAGAUGCUGGGGCACAAGGCACUGACUCACCACCAGGCCAAGGCCACAGCCCAGCCCUCCCUGAACCCCAGCAGUACUAGUGACCCCAAUCUUCCAGCCCCUUUAUCUCUUGGAAAAUAACAAUGUCCACAAGCUUUAGGCCUGGGCCAGCUGUGGCCAAGGAAUGCCAUGAUAGAGACGGCAAGGAGCCUUUCCCUGACCUUCUGCCAUGUCAGCAUCAGGGUGACACUAGACCCAGCCACUGGCAAACACUGGGCUCAGAGCCUGCAGCUAAGCUUUCCAACAGAUGGCAUGAGCCUCAUUACAUCAUGCCAAGUUAUUGGUGGCUAUUGAGGCAGGUGGAUACAACCAGGAGGCAUGUACCCAACUCGUGAGCCCACUGGGAACACAGAAGAGUGGGGAAGCCCCUGCUGAAAGCUACAGUGAGAGGGGGUUGGGGUGGUGUGGACUGCAACACUCCAGCCCAGAGGCCGAGCUGCCCCAGAGGCACUUUGCUGGUCCCACCUGGGGGUCCCUGCACAGCUAGUGAUGGAUUUCUGUUGGGUUGUCCUUAGUGUCUGCUUCACUCAAGCUGGUAGAACAGGCUACUCGCUGCACUAAGAGUUCUGCCAGCCUGUGGGUAUGAGACCUGCCCUGAAUCAGGUCUGGCUCCCUAUACUGCUCAUGGUAGCCAGCACCUAAGCCAAUAAAAGCUGUUUCUUUUUCAUUACAAAA